GCUAUCGUCUCACUCAGUCACUAGUGCGCAACGCCAAGAGAAACAAGUGUUCGCGCUUCGCAGCGCUACUUUUAUUUUUGCGUUAAUUUUUUUUGUGCAAGUCUACGCUUCAACAAAGGAAACCUGUUUUAAAUUGCUCUUGUAUUCUUUGGUGGAAACGAAAGAGUAGAGUAUCUUUCUAAACUGUGUUACAUAGCUUGGCUCUCUACCUAGUUCGGUUCCUGUGUGUUGAGUAAUAUUCUGUGUCAGUUGUAGUGGUUGUGCUUGUGAUAGACUCGGACAAUUUCAUCGUGAACGUGUUCCAAAUUGGGAUUUCACCACGAGCGGGCUCAAGGAAGUUUAUAGUCAAGUGGACAGCGGCGGCGGUGGCUCGGCCGAAGUAAUGGUGUACUCUCUCGGCUGGGGCAUGGGGGAGCCGGAGCGGCGCGGCGCGGACCGCAAGCGCGGCCAGCCGGCGCCGGUCGCCGUGGUACACGCGCCGCUCUCGCCUGAUGAAGGACAUGAAGUCGAUGUGCUGCCCUUACACAAUCAGGUUGGGGGCCACACCAGACUGUUGGUGCUAAACGACAGUACUGUAAUCAAGCCGCUCAAUAUUCGCGAGUUGCAUUUCUACCAGAACAUUCCUGAAGACAUCCAGAACUUCGUACCCAGAUACAAAGGCGUGAUGCAGGCGUCUAACACUGGAGGCCCCAAAUUGGACAAGCGGUACUCGCCAUGUUUCCGCGACGAGAACGGGCGCAAGCAGUCGCUGGGCGGCAAGCGCAAGCGCGACGAUGUGUUCAAAUUCAAGGUUCACCGGAAUGGCAAUGCGAGCGAGGUGCUUAAAAGUAUUGCGCACAUGGACAAUUCAAAUAAGCAGUAUUUCCUAAUGAUGGAGAAUAUAACGUCUUCGUACCGGCGGCCGUGCGUGCUCGACCUGAAGAUGGGCACGCGGCAACACGGCGACGACGCGUCGGCAGAGAAGCGCAGCAAGCAGAUCGCCAAGUGCGCGGCCAGCACGUCCGCCACCCUCGGCGUCAGGCUGUGCGGCAUGCAGGUAUACGUCCCGGAGACGGGCGCGUGCGUGCGGCGCGACAAGUACUGGGGCCGCGCGCUGUCGGAGAGCGGGCUGCGCGAGGCGCUGCGCGACUUCUUCGCGGCCGGCUCCGGCCUGCGCGCGCGCGUCGUGCGCCACGUGCUGCGCGACCUCGACGCGCUGCGCCGCGCCAUCGCCAAGCAGACCAGCUACAGGUUCUACUCCUGUUCGCUGCUAAUAGUAUACGAGGGUGACGUGGCGCCCGAGGAGGAAGCGAGCGGCGGCGUCGCCAACGAGUAUGAUGCGGACGCGUCCAGCAGCUCGGCGGAGCUGGCGCCGUCGCCCGGCCACUUCGACAUGUCCACGCUGCACGACGAGAUCUCGACGCAGCCGGGCCGCGAGCCCUUCACCCCGCACUCCGAGGAGACCAUGGGCGGGUACGAGGACGGCGAGGUGGCCGGGCACUCGCCGCGCCGCCACCCGCCCAGCCCCGACUCGGCCGACAGCUGGAUGGCGUACUCGUCCACGAGCAGCGAGUCGUGGCGCGGCGAGGCGGAGGAGGACGAGGCGGCCAAGCGCGCGCGCACGUGGGAGCCGCGGCCGCCGCCGCCGCCCGCGCCCGCCGAGCGCGUGGACAUCCGCAUGAUCGACUUCGCGCACACGGCCUUCGCGGGCGCGGCGGCCGAGUCGCCGCUGGCCACCAACACGCCGCACCACGGGCCCGACUGCGGCUUCCUCACCGGCAUCGACAGCCUCAAGCGGCUGCUCACGGAGAUCCUGCCCCCGCAGCCCUAUAGUUAAUGAGCCGCCGGCCGGCCCAAACGGCCUCUCCUUAGAAAAAAACGUUAAAAAUAAUCCUCCUUUCGGACGAAAUUCUGAGAGAGCAGUGAUCGCCGCGCCUUCGGCCGGCGCACUGGCCCGCUCCGAUGUGGAAAUCUUUCGGAAGUACGUUUUAGUUCGCCGAUGGUGAGUUUCGAUGUUGUUGAAAUGUAUAUUAUAUUUGAAUGUAAAAACUAUUUUCCUCAAAAAUUUACCGUUCGACUGAUGUAACUUUAAAAGUAGACAAAUUACUAACAGGUCGCUGUGUAUUUACAUAAAAAGGAUAUACGCAGGGUAUUUUCCAUUUGUACGUUUCGUGGCUGCCAUAGUGCUCGACUUUAUAUCGAUUUCACGACUUCUUUUUAUGUAAUUGCAUAGUGAUUAUCGCACUUAGUGAAUGUUGGCGGUACAAACUAUGUUAAUUUAAUGUUAAAACUAUUAUAAUUUGAUGUGGGACCCAGUAGGUAUUCUUAAAACAUGUAUCUAUAAGUAUUACUGUUAAGUUAUUCCAGAUUGACGUGCUUUGAGUUGUUCUCCUAGCUUAAUUAUUGAUUUCUGUAUGAGUGCUUAAUCGAUGUAAUUACCUUCAAGUUGAAAUUAGACAUUCCUUGUCACUGCUAAUUAGCGUGUUUCCAUGUUGUUAACAGAACAGAGAUGUUACAUGUCAGUGUCUAUGUCCACACUGUACACGUUGUAUUUCCAUUUGAAGCUCACACUAGAUUUGAUGUUACAUGUAAUGAAGUAUUCCUCGCUGGUUCAGGUACAGGUUCAAUUACGCAGCUCAGUCAGACAGCCAAAGUAAUAUUAUAGUACUUAUACCUUGACCAGACAGUGGUUUCCAUAGUAGAAAAUAUAAAUUUAUUCAAUUGGUGUUUAGAUUAAAAUAUUCCGUUAAGUGUCGAUUCAGAGUUUGAGAUGAGUUAUUUAAAUAAAUUAACGUUAAUUGGAUGUGUGACUUGUGUUUUAUAUUGUAGUUACUUAGUUGAAUUGGAACAUCUGAAACGUGUGUCCUUACGAAUGUAACGUACAUGUGGCGCACAUCUUGGACAAGAUCAUUGUUAUUAUAGUUCCGUUAACAGUAUUAUAAAGUUGUAGCUGCCAGUUCGUAGAGUAUGACCGUGUCGAUCAGUUGCGGCUCAGGAGACGUUUGUUUGUGGAUGUGUUCUGCAUGUAGAACUUCAAUAUGGUGCCAGUUGGUAAUUGCGUUGCCGAACGUUGUAAAUAGCUCCGGAACAUUAGGCUUCAUGUGUUAUGUCGAGUAUUCAAAGUGGGUCAGUGUAAUCGGCUAGUUUCGCGCACGGCCGGUGGAUGCGUGCACUAGGACACAAGCGUUAGCCAACAUUCCUUCGUGCUGCAUUCGUCAUUGUUUGUCCUUUUACUUUUAUUAUUUUUUUAAUAGACGGAUAAAUUUUUGGAAGUCGUACCUGGUUUAAUUAGGAUGCUAGGUUGUAUCGCAAAUUAUCAUUUAUGUCUGUUAUUUUAAAUAACUGUAUGACACUAUUUUGUUAAAUAAAUUUUAGGUAUUAA